AUGCUAUCAAACGGCCUAUCCCAGAUCGCUCCAGAUCACAUCUUCGAGGUCACUGCAUUGUAUGUUCCCUCCCUACCACUGUCAGUGGAUGGUGUCUGAUGGCAAGACGAAAGAUACAAUCGUGAUCCGAACCCGAACAAAGCAAACCUUGGCCAGGGAACGUACAAGACCAAUGAAGGAAAGCCUUUUGUGUUCCCUGCCGUACAGACCGCGAAAGAGCGACUUCUGAAUAGCUAUCACGAAUAUCUUCCCAUUCUGGGCUAUCCUGCAUUUCGCGAGGAAGCGAAGAAACUGGUCUUUGGCGAAGAUGCUGCAGCUGUGAAAGAAAACAGAGUGCGAUGCUACGCAAUUCGGGAAAUUUCGCCAUCAUCAAGCUAACAACAACACUCUAGGUCGCCACCUCUCAGGCACUUUCAGGGACAGGAUCUCUCCACCUAGCAGGCUCCUUCCUUCGACGUGUAUGCAGCUCUACCACCACCGUCCACAUCACCAAUCCCACCUGGAGCAACCACCGCGCCGUCUUCGAGACCGUCGGUUUCCCGGUAAAAUCAUACGAAUAUCUAGAUUCCGCCGGCCGAUUCGAUUUCUCCUCCCUCCUCACCGCUCUCCAGAACGCUCAUUCGGGCGACAUUUUCAUUCUCCACGCCGUGGCUCACAACCCCAGUGGCUGCGACCCUUCCCCGUCGCAAUGGUCUCAGAUCCGCUCCAUCAUGCAAGCCAAACAACUCUUCCCCCUCUUGGACGCUGCCUAUCUCGGUCUUACAUCCGGGGACUUCGACGCCGACGCCUGGGCCAUUCGCCAUUUCGCUUCCCACGGCAUGGAAAUCGCCGUGUGCGUGAGUUUUGCGAAGAACAUGGGCCUCUACAGUGAACGUGCGGGGGCUUUGCAUUUCGUCACCACUUCGGAGGCGGAGGUGAGGGUGGUGGAAUCGCAUUUGGAAUGGUUGAUAAGGAGUGAGAUUUCCAACCCGCCGGCUUUUGGGGCGAGGGUUGCGGCGGAGGUUCUGGGGGAUGAGGCAUUGAGGGGGUCUUGGAAGGAGGAUCUGAGGGGGAUGACUUUGAGGUUGAAGGCUAUGAGGGCGCGGUUGGUGGAGGAGUUGAAGCGGCUUGGUAAGUUUCUCAUCUGAUAUGAUUGCGGUUGUCUUUGUGAUUUUGGACUCUCUUGCUGACGUGGGGUUUGCUGGAAAAAAGGUUGUCCUAAAAACUUUGACCAUGUCGUUGAAGAAGCUGGCAUGUUUACGAUUCUAGGUCUCACUCGCGGCGAAGUGCAUUUGCUUCGAGGUAUGUUGUUGAUCCAAAUCCAUUGCGCGCUACGAUCAUGCUAACUCCUCUCUGCUCUCCACCAGACGAGUAUUCGAUUUACAUGGCGGAUAGCUCGCGCAUCUCCGUCGCAGGGUUGAACGAGGGCAAUGUCGUCUAUAUUGCUGAAGCGAUCAACGCCAUCUGUUCGGCUACUCGGCAGCCCCAAGCUGCUGGACAGCAGAUUACCCCGAGCCUUUAG